AUGUCUUCCCUCCUCAAGGCAUUCAACCAACCAUUCGACGUGCUAUGGCGCACUGCUCUGGUCCGACUUCCCCGAGCGGUCCCUGACGCAGUCCUACGCUACACCUCACCAGAAGGACCUCACCCUUUCGUUUUGAACCUUCCGUCUCGCGGAAGCUAUAAAAUUCCUGUUUACGUCUUCUUGCCUUCCUUGACGUAUGAUGUGACGGAGAGAGCGGAUCCGGUCCCUGUGAUGAUCGAUUUUCAUGGUGGUGGCUUCGUCCUCGGUUCCUGUUUGGAGCAGGCACCAUUCUGCGCUCAGAUGUCAAGAGAGCUCGGAGCCGUUGUCUUGAGUGUCGACUACCGACUCGGACCAGUCGAUAAAUUUCCCGCUGCCCUCGAAGACGCCGAAGACGUCUUACAUGCUGUACUCCACGAAGAAAAGCCUGGAUAUCAUGAAUUGAGGAAGGCAAUCACGCAGAACCUGGUUGAGUCAUAUAACACCAAGCAGGGCGAAGAAUGGAAGGGAGAAUCUGCUUCAAGCUCAGAGCCCUCUCCUAUGGUAGGAAGCGUAAACCUUGAUACCGACAAGAUUGCUUUAUCUGGGUUUAGUAGCGGCGGGAACCUGGCAUUGGAACUCGCCCUGGACAUUGCCAGAAAUCCACCCAUUGUGCCCACUCCAUGGCCCAGCCCAUUUUCACGUGAACACCCUCAUCCUAUCCCACUCUUGCUCUUCUACCCAUCCUUGGAUUCUCGGCUCCUACCGUCCCAGCGCACUCGCCCACCAGGUCUUCCAGCUACGAAAAGAUUCUGGAGUGAGCUCUCGGACACGCUUGCACCAACCUACCUAUCUCGAGACGAAGCAUCGCACCCAAGAGCCUCACCAGGACUAGCAGAGAUCAUCGAUGGCGGGCUGCACGAGCAAGCCAGGAUUCUUUUGAUCCUACCCGAGCUCGACUCUCUGGCGGAACAAAGUGAGACAUGGGUCAAGAAGUUGCACGAAAACGGCAGAGGUCAGCACUUGAGAGUAGAAAGAUACAAGGGAAUGAAGCAUGGAUGGACACAAAUGCCAGUGUCAUGGUUAGGGUUGGCAGAGAGACAGACAAGAAUAGAGAGUUUCGAAAUUGCUAGAGAUUUUGUGAAGAAGGUUUGGAAGACCGGAGAGGUUAGCUGA